GGCCCCACCACACUGCCACCGCACCAUCACCGUCGUCGUGAUCCUUUGCUUCCUUCGCAUUUCGCAACCGAAAAGAAAACAAGGAGAGAGCGUCACCCAAAAGCAACAGUGACGGGCCUCCUGAAUUUCCCCUUUUUUUCUGCGAAAUACAAAAACCGACCUUCAGAAACCACGCGAUUCCGCCACCAUUUCCCCCAUUAUCUCCGACCUCCGAUCCCAGUACCAGAAACACCCGCCUGAAGGGCCAGCCGCAAAAUUCAAGACAAGAAACGAUGGGGGUGCCACAGACGAUGGUGGCGCUGGCGUAUAGGGCGGAAUUCAUGAAGGAGGCGCUCGAGAAGAGCCAGACCAUCACCGAUAACAUGGUCUCCAUCCUUGGAUCCUUCGACCACCGCCUCUCCGCCCUCGAAACCGCCAUGCGUCCUACUCAGAUAAGGACGCAUUCGAUCAGGAGAGCACACGAAAACAUCGACAAGACUUUGAAGUCUGCGGAGGGUAUCUUGACUCAAUUCGACCAAACGCGCAAGGCGGAGGCUAAAAUUCUGAGAGGACCACAUGAGGAUUUGGAGAGCUACCUAGAAGCAAUUGAGCAGCUGAAAGCCACUGUCAAGUUCUUCAGCAGCAACAAAAAUUUCAAGAGCAGUGAUGGGGUGGUUCACCAUGCUAAUCAACUGCUUGCCAAAGCUAUAGUAAAGCUCGAAGAAGAGUUCAACACACUGCUAGCUAAUUACAGCAAACCUGUUGAACCCGAUCGCCUUUUUGAAUGUCUUCCGAACUCUCUAAGGCCAUCAUCAGCAUCUGAUAAGCAUCAAGGGGAGGGUGGUAAUAAACAUUCUCCUGAACAGCAAAAGAGCUUAGCAACUGCCAUUUACACACUUCCCACUCUUAUCCCACCAAGGGUCGUGCCACUGCUGCAUGAUUUGGCAUUACAAAUGGCUCAAGCUGGUCAUCAACAGCAACUGUUCCGAAUCUUUAGGGAUACUCGUGCUACAGUUUUGGAACAGAGCCUCAAGAAAUUAGGCGUAGAGAGACUUACUAAAGAUGAUGUCCAGAGAAUGCAAUGGGAAGUUUUGGAGGCUAAGAUUGGAAAUUGGAUACACUACAUGCGAAUUGCUGUCAAAUUGCUUUUUUCUGCAGAGAAGAAAAUAUGUGACCAAAUACUGGAGGGGAUUGAAUCUCUAAGGGAUCCAUGUUUUGCUGAAGUAACUGUAAACAGUGUCUCUGUGCUUCUUAGCUUUGGAGAGGCAAUAGCAAAAAGCAAGAGAUCCCCUGAAAAGUUAUUCGUUUUACUGGACAUGUACGAGAUCAUGAGAGAACUGCGCUCAGAGUUUGAGUUGGUAUUUGGAAGCAAAGCUUGCAUGGAAAUGCGAGAGUCUGCAUUCAACUUGACGAUUCGGCUAGCUCAGACUGCACAAGAGACUUUCGUGGAUUUUGAAGAAGCAGUCGAAAGAGAUGCAACAAAAACGGCCGUUCUUGAUGGAACAGUUCAUCCUUUGACUAGCUAUGUGAUAAAUUACGUGAAGUUCCUAUUUGACUACCAAUCCACCGUGAAACAACUAUUCCAAGAGCUGGAGUCAACCGACCCCGAAGGUCAACUAGCCGCAGUAACCACCCGAAUCAUGCAGGCUCUCCAGACCAAUCUAGAUGGGAAAUCCAAGCAAUACAGAGACCCUGCACUCACACAGUUGUUUCUCAUGAACAAUAUUCACUACAUCGUGAGAUCUGUACGAAGGUCCGAGGCAAAGGACUUGUUAGGAGACGACUGGGUGCAGAUUCAUCGCCGCAUUGUGCAGCAACAUGCUAAUCAGUACAAAAGAAUAUCCUGGGCGAAGGUUCUUCUUGGCAACCUUCAUCGAAGCUCCACAGGCAUGCAGAUACUCCAGUGUUUGACCGUUCAGGGUGAAGGCCAGUCUAGUGGGCUUUCAAGAACAAUGGUGAAAGAGAGGUUCAAGACGUUCAACGUCCAGUUCGAGGAGCUCUACACGAGGCAAGCCCAGUGGACGGUACCCGACAGCGAAUUGAGAGAGUCUCUCAGGCUAGCAGUCGCUGAGGUGCUCUUGCCUGCGUACCGAUCCUUCAUCAAGCGCUGCGCGCCUAUGAUUGAGACCGGGAAGAACCCGAAUAAGUACAUAAGGUACACACCAGAAGACCUUGAAAGAAUGCUGAACGAGUUCUUUGAUGGGAAGACCUACAAUGAACAUAAACGGAAGAGACGAGCCGCAUCACUUUGGAAAUGUGGGUGUGCUGGUUCUUUACCUGCCAAAUCAUAA